GGCAGGCAUUGACAGAGAUGGCUACCAUGAUGACUACCAUGAUGACUACCAUGAUGACAGGUCUUCUUCUUUUGCUGUUGGCCGGUGUGACAGUGAGCAGAGUGGUGGAUCUGGAUAAGAGAGUAUACAAUGGUGUCCCAUGCGGUGAAAAUGACCACCGGUACCAUGUGAAGCUGGUAUCAGUUGAUGAGCAGGGAAAAAAGUUCUGGUCUGGUGCAUCUCUGAUCAGUCCACAGUGGAUUCUGACUGCAGGUCACAACGUGGAGCCGGGAGAGAAAGUGACAGCAAUUUUAGGUUUUCAUCCAGGAACAAAAGUGAAAGAGGUGAAAAUCACAGAAGAACCUAUCAGGUAUAAAGACCUGGAUGGGACUCUUCAUGACAUCAUGCUUCUGAAGCUACCUGAUGCUGAUCAUGGAUAUCUCCCUGCACCACUUACUGACUGUAGCAAAGCUCCCAAAAUAACUGAUACAGUCCAGAUUGCAGGUAUUGGAGACACAAAGAAAAACCUGCUUACUGGUAAAAAAGGACUCUCUGCGUCAACAGCUCUCCAAUGUGGAAACACCAAAGUUGUCGAGUGUAAGGAAAUCCAAAGCUGUCAGACUGCCAAUCUAAGUCAUUACAAUAAAAAUGAAAAAUUGUUCUGUUACCUCGAUACUGACGUGGAUGAAAGUAAGGGGGACUCUGGUGGAGGAGUGGAGUUCAAAGGCAUGAUUUACGGUGUGCAUAUUAGAGGUGGUAGAGAUCCCUGUGACAUACCAGGAAUAGCUAUUAACAUCUGUGAUCUGAAAUACAAAACAUGGAUCAAUGCCGUUAUCGGUCUUAAGAUAUUAUAGAGAUGUCUAACAUGUGUAACCUUAGAAGUCCUGUCAUUCGACAGACUAACACAUGAUGUUAAAACAAAGGUUGAUUGACUCUAAAUUUGCAGGUGAUACAUUUACUAGCGGUUGGUUUACAUUAAUUGUUCAACUAUUAUGACAAACAAAUAAUUGUGAUUUUAUAACUUUAAUAUCAGAAGGUAGUGUCUGAGUUAUAAAUGUUAGUUUACACAUUCUUGCUUUUGAAACUGUUGUUAUGAUCCUUUUUGAAUAUAAAUUUGAAACCCAAUUGUAAUAAUAGAACUCUUUUAUCAAUUCAACAGAAAUUGCACAAUAUUUGAUCAAGAUUGUAUUUUGAAAACAACAAAUGGAAAAUAUAAAAGUCUGUAAUUCUUUUGAACAUGCUGAUCUCAUACAAUGUUGGGAGCUCAACCUCUGAAAAACAUUGCACUGUAAUUCACAUGUAUCCCACAACAGCAACUUCUUGUAUAAUGUUAUCAUUUCAAAUACAAUAAAGAGUCACAUCAUUAUUUCU